AUAAACCCUAGGCACAUACAUACCCAUUUCAAUACAUUGUUUCGAUGUAGUUAAGCUUGUUUUCAGUUUCAUUAAUUCCACCAAUCCUAGUUAAGUCCAUCAUGCCUCUGUCAACCCUUGUCGCCAGAAAACUACUGAAACAAACUGAUUGCCGCAAAAGGUUUGCCAUCCCAACGAAGAAGUUACCCUUGCUCCCACCAUUCAAUACUCAUUUCGUGUCUGUAGACUUUUGGCAUGGCUCAAAACGUUGGCCUAUGGUCAUAUCCAUUCGCAGAAACGGCUACAAAAAACCUGUAAUCUCUAAGUGUUGGAUACCCUUUGUCCACGAAAAUCAGUUGGAGGUUGGUGAUGUAGUCACAAUCUUCAGGGACGAAGAUGAAGCCGGAGUCUGGUAUCGGAUUGAGAUCGAGAGAGGGAGCAACCCACCCAGGCCAACUCCAAUCGCUGCGCCAACCGCUCACAACAGUAAUUUCAAUGUGGAGGUCGCUGCAAACAUCCCAGCCAUCAAACAAAGGACGCAACUGGCCCUUGGAAAUGUUCUGCCAAUUGCUCGGAAGGCGGAAGAGCUCAGUUUGAAGCCAGAUGACAAGAAUUUGGGGUUGACACUGCACAAGGGACUGCAAGCGCCCAUAUUUCCUUUUCCAGAAGAAGUGGAACUCAAGAGCACUGGUGGCGUGCAGCAGCAAAUUGCCUUUGAAACCCACCAUGAUUAUCCUAAAACAGCCAAUUUGAACCCAAUUCUUAAUCAAACCAGUGCAGAAGAAUUUCGUCUGAACUUAGAACUGACUCUCGCACCACCUGUGGUGGCCUGUGAAGGAAAUCGGGCGCCUACAAUGGUUUUGUUUGCAACUGAGGCAAAAGACUGCAAUCCAGGGAUUGUUUUGAAUUUAGAUUUUACUCUCGGACCACCCAAAGUAAAUUAGGUGCCUUUAUAGCUAGAUUUUUAAUAAUCCCCCUUUCUUUUCCUUUAAAAGCAAUGUGGUGCUGAAGUUAGUUUAUGUCUACUUUUUAAUAAUCCCCCUUUCUUUUC